CGACUCCGCCGGUACAGGACGCCGCGCGGGCUCCCUCCAGAUAGAUCAGAUCCUACGCGAGCAACGGACCUCACUAAAUUAGUGCAAGUGAACAGUUCCCUCAUAGUGUCGAAGGUGUCGGUUCCAUAACAUUUUAAUUUUUUUCUUUCCAGCUUGUAAUUUAAUUUGCAUUGGAUUUAACGCAUCCCGUUUGUGAAGUAUUGAAUAAGUUCAAAUAAGUGUAGUGAUUAAAAAUAUUUUUCCAAAGAAGACUUUCAUACUAUCUUUUUUCCAAAGACAAAACGCAGUCUCAAACAUUCCUAAAUCAUGGGGCUACCUUCGGAACUUCUAACACAAUCUAAACACUGCCAACGAAUACAAAGCGACAGCUAUGUAUAUAGUUGAACCAAAGAUGGUUAAAUAGAAUAUAGACUGUUUAAGUGAUAAAAUGAGCUUAUAAGUUAAGUUGAUGUCAGCGGAAAGGGAGAGGAUGCCUUACUACGGGUACCGAGAAGGGGGUGAAUCGGACUCGAGUGGGGGGUGUUCAGAGUCCGACGGGGGCGAGUCGGACUCUGAAGGGGGGUUGAGUACGGAGAGUACGGCGGGACAAGGCCUGCCGUACCCCGGCUUUACCCCCGUCGCCCUUCGGUAUCUUACGCAGGAGACAAGGCCAAGAAGUUGGUGCUUGAAACUAAUCACCAAUCCAUGGUUCGAGAGAAUAUCCAUGCUGGUGAUUCUUCUGAACUGCGUAACCUUAGGCAUGUACCAACCCUGCGUUGAUGACCAAUGUGUAACCAACAGAUGUAAAAUUCUUCAGGUAUUUGAUGACAUAAUAUUUGCAUUUUUUACACUGGAGAUGACAAUUAAAAUGGUGGCAAUGGGUGUUUAUGGACACGGCACUUAUUUAGCGGAUUCAUGGAACAGAUUAGAUUUUUUCAUCGUGAUGGCUGGAGCUUUGGAGUAUUCCUUAAACGUGGAAAAUAUCAACCUAUCGGCGAUAAGGACAAUCCGGGUAUUACGGCCGUUGCGAGCUAUCAAUAGGAUACCAAGUAUGCGUAUAUUGGUGAUGCUACUACUAGAUACGCUACCCAUGCUAGGCAACGUUCUACUUUUAUGCUUCUUUGUGUUCUUCAUAUUUGGAAUAGUCGGAGUUCAGCUUUGGGAAGGAAUUCUUAGGCAACGUUGCGAAUUUGUCCCACCACCAAACGUAUAUCGACCCAACAUAUCAUUGUACUACGAGUUCUCGAAAGAGUUGGACUAUAUCUGCACAACGCCUGAAGAUAGCGGCAUGCACCACUGCGGCAAUUUUCCACCGUACCGCUAUGGGCAACUGGUCUGCAACGAAACAGCGAAACCCUUCUCUAACAACGCUCCAACAAACACUUCGUGCGUUAACUGGAACCAGUACUACACUAACUGCACACAAAGAGGCUCCAAUCCAUUUCAAGGCACAAUAUCCUUUGAUAACAUUGGACUUGCUUGGGUCGCUAUAUUCCUGGUGAUUUCACUGGAAGGUUGGACAGAUAUUAUGUAUUAUGUACAAGAUGCGCAUAGUUUUUGGGACUGGAUAUAUUUUGUGCUGUUAAUUGUCAUCGGUUCUUUUUUCAUGAUCAACCUGUGUUUAGUCGUAAUUGCGACUCAAUUCAGUGAAACUAAAAAACGUGAAAUGGAGCGUAUGCGCGCUGAACGAGCUCGAUUCACAUCGUCGUCCACUUUAGCAUCGUCUACGAACAAUAGUGAGCCGGCGACGUGUUACGCCGAGAUCGUGAAAUAUGUAGCUCAUUUAUGGAGAAGAUUUAAAAGGAGAAUGGCGAAAAAGAUAAGGGUGUAUCGAUACCAACGAGCCCAACUUCGUUGGCGGACCAGUCGGGAAACUCUGCAGUUACCGGCGAAUAAACCGAAACAACACCAUCCCUGCUGCCCCCGUGUUCACCCACAGGGAAAUGGGGGGAAGCCUGUGGAGGAAGCGGCCGGGGGAGGGGGUGACGAGCCCCUCAGCAGGCCCAGCCUGUUGCGCGUACCUUCCCUUUCCGCCGCUGAUCUUGAGAAUGCUUCGAAUUUGUCACUGCUGUCGCCACCUUCGCUGGCUCGUCGGAGGUCCUCGGUUAUGUUUAGCGAUACGGUACUUCUUCACGCACCAAACACUCCGCAUUUGGCCCACCCACAUAAUGUUUGCUCCUCUGAAAAGAUGACACAAACAGAUUCAUUGUGUCAACGUGACUGGCUUAAGAGCCAAAGUGAAUUCGACUUGCCGACAGGCGAUACUGCUGAGGAACGUGCGGCCGCGGGAGGGACUAUGUCCUGUCAAGAACUACUAGCACUUUCUGGGGCAUUAUCUGCAGCAUUACCAACUGGACAAGUUGCUUUGGAUUCCUUUUUCGAAGAACUUACAAAGGGCAUUAGCAAACGAGCAGGAGAAGAAAAAAAUGAUACGAAGGUUAUUGAUAUAGAGGAUUAUUCGUGCUGUGCCGAAUUAUUAGCAGCUGAGGCAGCCGCAAAACAAUCGAGAAAAAAUCGAUUCACAAGCGCAUGCUCGUUGUUUUGGAAAAAGAUAUCAAAAGCAUUUUCCUGGCAGCGAAAACACAUCAAAAACAUUGUUAAUCAUAAAUACUUUCAACAAGGCAUAUUACUAGCUAUACUCAUAAAUACACUAUCAAUGGGUAUCGAAUAUCACAACCAACCUGAGGAGCUUACAGUUAUUGUUGAGAUCAGUAAUAUAGUGUUCUCCGCAAUAUUUGCCGUCGAAAUGCUUCUCAAAAUCAUCGCUGAGGGACCUUUCAAGUAUAUCUCUAACGGGUUUAACGUUUUUGAUGGCAUUAUUGUAAUAUUAAGUGCAUUUGAAUUGGCUCAAAGCAUUGGACACGAAAAAGACCUAGCUGGAAGUUCAGGUCUUUCUGUGUUGCGCACAUUUCGACUCUUGCGCAUACUAAAACUAGUUCGAUUUAUGCCAAACCUCCGGAGACAACUGUUUGUAAUGCUACGUACCAUGGAUAAUGUUGCCGUCUUCUUCUCCUUAUUGGUGCUCUUCAUUUUUAUAUUCAGCAUCCUCGGUAUGAACCUCUUCGGGUGCAAAUUCUGCGAGAAAGACGAAGAAGGCGACCAAGAAUGCGACAGAAAAAACUUUGAUACGCUCUUGUGGGCCUUUGUCACGGUGUUUCAGGUCUUAACCCAAGAAGAUUGGAAUGUUGUAUUGUUCAACGGCAUGGAAAAGACGAGUCAUUGGGCCGCGUUAUAUUUCGUGGCACUCAUGACUUUUGGCAAUUACGUACUGUUUAAUUUGCUAGUAGCUAUUCUCGUUGAAGGAUUCAGCUCUGAGCGAAACGAAAGGAGAGAACGUGAACAACGCGAAUUAGCUAAGUCUAAAUUAUCAAACGAAUGUUUCUCGGACAACAAUGAAUUACAGUACGACGAUUCUAAUUCAGGGUCACAUUCCAGCGACAGUUUCUCUCAGAACGAGAUUAAAAACUUUUGGAAAUCAGCGGAUGACGUUCGUCGAACUAAAGAUGAUGUGAACGGACAUAAGGAUAAGCAAUCGAGAGGACGUCGGAAGACCAAGUCUUCGGCACAUCACCCAACGCUUUGCAAAGACUGCGCACAAUCGAACAAAUGUAACAUUCAAAAGGAAUCAAAAAUGUUAGCAAGCAACGCAGGCGCAUCUGAAAGCACGACAGUACCAAUGAUCACUCACACUGCAGCUACGCCACAAGAUUCACCGUCCACUACUUUGGAACCUGGGGCAUCAUUCAGGGACUUUAAUGUGGCUCUCAGCUUAGAAAGAUCUUCGAUGCUCUCGAGUUUGGAUUCUAUUGAUCGCACAUCCUGUACAAGCAUACCAGGACUGCUAAAGCCACCAAAUAGUUACACUCUAACGCUACAUUCAGCUAGUGCUCAACUUGGUGCAGAAAAAGCUCGUCUUCCACCAAUGUCUCUCGCUCCACCCCCUCUAACAUUAGCUCUGCCUCCUAUCAAGACUACAACGGGUUCCUCCACGCCUACAACUCCUAGACCGUUACCAUCACCGAUACCACCCGAGAAGAAUCUACAAAUUGUGAUUAUGAAAGAAGAUAAUUGUCUUAAUACAAGUGACAAGUCUAGUCUUCUUAGUUCACAAAAGAGUAUAAGUGGAACAAGCCCAGGGACAAACGGAGAGGACAAAUGCAGAGUGCAACGUGGCUAUAGUUGGAGGUUGUCUAGACCGAAUCUACGAAAAAAGCCUAAACAUAGAACAGGGUCGGACUCUGACGCAGUGAUCUUAAAUAAUGGACGCGAUCACACCACUUGUAAUGGUUCAAAUCUUCGCAAAAACGAGCUUCUUUUGUCGUCAUCCAUGGUGAUUAAAAACGAUACUCAGUCGGAGUUCCCUAACAACCGGACUCGGUCGCAACUGCCCGCCCCCAGGGUGCUAGCGCAGCCGGCGAGAAGAGUAUCUGCACAUACCGCGCCUCUUCUACCCGAUGUAUCUUGGAAGGCACCAGAGGCUGGCUUUUCAUCAGAUUCCACAGUACGACUAGAAUCCGUGAAGCCUCCACCGCAUAGACUCUCACUCACCAACGACUAUUUGACUGGCACAACAGUGACGUCAGUGUCGGAGGUAAAAGCGAGCAACCUAACGCCUCUACCGGCACAAGUGGCUCAAGUAGCUACGCGCCAGCCCCGAAAUGAAUCACCACUAACAUCCAGACCGAACAACCAGUCGUUGCCUUUAAUCAAACAAAUCAACGAAGAGGUCGCGAUAAAUAAUAAUACUUGCAUACUAUCAGGAAGGUUCGACAGAAGGCGAUUUAGAUUCAAAGAUCUUUUCCGAUUCAUGGAGCCAACUGGGUGUCUCAAGGAAGUAGAAGACUAUUCCCUCUACAUAUUUUCUCCAGACAAUAAAAUGCGGAGGUUUUGUACAUGGAUGGUGACACGGAGCUGGUUCGACAAUAUCGUGCUGUUGUUCAUAGCAUUGAACUGCAUAACGCUUGCUAUGGAGCGGCCGAAUAUACCACCUGAUUCCAAGGAACGAGCGUUCCUCUCCAGUGCCAAUUAUGUCUUCACCGCCGUGUUUGCUGUUGAAAUGUUUAUAAAGGUUGUUGCAUCUGGAAUGUUCUACGGCCCUGAAGCAUAUUUUACAUCAGGUUGGAAUAUAAUGGACGGAUCACUCGUCAUUAUAUCUAUUAUCGAUUUGCUAAUGUCAUUAGUGUCAGAGUCAAGCCCCCGUAUUUUUGGGAUUCUCAGGGUGUUUAGACUUUUACGAUCUUUGAGGCCCUUGAGAGUUAUUAACCGGGCGCCAGGAUUAAAGUUGGUCGUCCAAACAUUGCUCUCGUCGUUACGACCCAUCGGGAACAUCGUACUCAUUUGUUGCACAUUUUUCAUCAUAUUCGGCAUAUUGGGUGUUCAGUUAUUUAAGGGAGCGUUCUUCUAUUGCGAAGGGGCGAAUAUUAAAAAUGUCAAGAACAAAUCCGACUGUCUCGCGAUAGAAGGGAAUGUAUGGGUGAAUCGGAAGUACAAUUUCGAUGAUCUCGGUAAAGCGCUGAUGUCGCUGUUUGUAUUGAGCUCUAGGGAUGGAUGGGUUAAUAUUAUGUAUACAGGAUUGGACGCUGUGGGGGUGGAUCAACAACCAAUAGUGAAUUAUUCUGAAUGGCGGCUAUUAUACUUCAUUGCGUUCAUUCUACUGGUUGGUUUCUUCGUGCUAAACAUGUUCGUGGGUGUGGUGGUGGAGAACUUCCACCGUUGCAGAGAAGAACAAGAGAAAGAAGAAAGAGUCCGGAGAGCAGCCAAAAGAGCGCUGCAGAUGGAGAAGAAGAGAAGAAAAAUGCAUCAACGGCCAUAUUAUUCAGACUACUCACAAACACGACUAUUUGUCCACAAUGUCGUUACAUCGAAAUAUUUCGACUUAGCAAUAGCUGGUGUUAUUGGUCUCAACGUAGUCACAAUGGCAAUAGAAUAUUACAAAAUGCCACCAGCUCUUGAAUACGCGUUGAAAAUUUUCAAUUAUUUCUUCACAGCAGUGUUUAUACUGGAAGCAAUAAUGAAACUGGUGGCACUAGGUUUUAAAAUAUAUUUAAAAGACAAAUGGAAUCAGUUAGACGUUAUAAUUGUUAUGUUGUCCAUAGUUGGAAUAGUUUUAGAAGAGUUAGAGACAAAUAUAAUUCCUAUUAACCCGACCAUAAUGAGGGUUAUGCGAGUUUUAAGAAUAGCUAGAGUAUUAAAGUUACUGAAAAUGGCAAAAGGCAUUAGAGCACUGUUAGAUACUGUGAUGCAAGCGUUACCGCAAGUUGGAAACUUGGGGCUUUUGUUUUUUCUGCUUUUUUUCAUUUUCGCUGCCUUAGGCGUAGAGUUGUUCGGACGAUUGGAGUGCUCUGAUGAAAUUCCAUGUCAAGGUCUUGGUGAACACGCCCACUUCGCCAAUUUCGGAAUGGCAUUUCUCACAUUGUUCCGUGUGGCAACCGGUGACAACUGGAACGGCAUUAUGAAGGACACCCUGAGAGAAGAUUGUGACAGUUCUGUAGACUGCGUCCGUAACUGUUGCGUCUCCACCAUUAUUGCGCCGAUAUUCUUCGUCGUGUUUGUACUCAUGGCACAGUUUGUGCUUGUCAACGUUGUUGUUGCUGUUUUAAUGAAACAUCUAGAAGAGUCCCAUAAACAAAUGGAAGAUGAAAUCGAUAUGGAUGUGGAAUUAGAACGAGAGUUGGAACGGGAAGCUGAUGACGAAGAAGAUAGAGCUUUAUGCCGAGCUCUAGAAGAAUGCGUAUCACCGCCGCGACCAUUGAACAAGGUACCGUCCCUUCCAGCAAACUUCACUUACAGUGAGCCAAAACAGCAACCAGCACCGUCCCCCACACGCCGCCGACGCACAUUGCACUCUCACCACGCUUUGUUGCCGACAUCGCUACCGCCAAGAAGGGCUUCUUUAUCUCCUCAUGCAUUUGGACGACGUCGACAGGACUCCAUAUCGGACCCCCCGGCAGCAUUGUAUGAAGAAGACGCCAGGUUCAUUGAUGCUGAUGACAUCGACGAAUUAGAACCUGGUAGUCCACCUCGGCGAGAUUCCUUUGUUAACAAUCGUAGACAACGGGUCGAUAAAAGGAAUUCAUUACGAGGCGAAGAGGCUAGACUUCUACGACCAGCUCCCGUACUCCUCGCUGUCCCAUCGUCGAGACAAAAUAUUAGGAUAAAUUCCAAAAGAAGAUUAUCUACAGAGUCAGCUGUAACUAGUGAGGCUUCACACUCAUCGCUACGGCCUCAUUCACAAAUAAAUCUCGAGUGCGGAGAGCAAAUUAUUAGUGAAGAAGAAAAAAUACGAAUAGUGAUAGCCGAAAGACGAAAGAUAGAUGCGGCAAGACCUGAGCCAGAGGACGUCGUAGAAUUAUCAGAACGCGGCUCCUAGUCCAGGCGAGGCCGGCCGCAGCAACAUCACGAAGUCUAUAUUUAGGUGGCACAUCAAGUGACACCUGAGUAUUCUUCUUCCCUUCACAAGCUCCUUCUCAUCUAUAUUGUGUGCUCAAAGAACGAUAAAUGUUUGAACUCGGUUGCGCAACAGUGACACAGUGACGAUUUUUACGAACUCAUCUUUUGACUAUAUACUUUAGCGUUGCACAAUUUUCAACCGACAGAGUGAAAGUAUCUGUGACAUUUCGAUGUGAUUGUUUCCUACUUUUAACUUCCAAACCCUCAACCAAGUCUUACUUUUCCAAUUGCGGCCGGUUCAACUAAAUUAUAAAGAGACUAUAAUAAAUUUAUGUUAAGGUGUAUAAAACUAGAUAGGAGUUAGAAUUAGUCAAUUUGUUGUGGUGGGAUGUUUUCUACGAGAGCUAUUAAGUUCACUUCGUAACUUUAUUAAAUAAUUUAUUAGUACGGUGCUUGCUGUUAAAGUUUUAUUCGUUAUUCAUAAAUUAAAUAAAAGAAUAAGAGGUACUCUAAGAGUUUCCAAAGAACCUCAACGAAAUAUUGGUUUGUAGUAAGUGAUAAAUAGUUUCUAUUUAUAAUUAGCAAUUCAGUUGAAUAGCGUUGUUAUAACCGUGUGUCAGUUAAAUGUUAGAUUUUAUUUACAUCUUAAGAACAGGUUUCUAAUCAUUGAAAAUUAGAAUUUAUGUAAAGUGUAAUCCAACGAUAUGGAAAAAAGCCUAUCAUUAUUUUGUUGUGAAUAUUUAGUUGUUAUCACUUCCAAAGGAAUUUGUACUCAACGACUGUGUAGCCUCAUAGUGAUUGUUACUAGCUAGAUUUAUGACAAUCUUACGAGUAUAGUUAUCAAAAACAGAACCAAUCGUUCGUGAAUUGAGUAUUAAUCACUCUCUUAGAAUGAAAUAUAAUAUUUUCUGAAUAUAAAUAAAUCCUAUUUUCUUACAGUACAUGUACGUAAUUUAGACGAAUAACUGGCAAAUACGCACAUAAAAUUAGGCCGUAGAUUAUUACUAGUCAUGAAUAAACAAACGCAGAUUCACCAUUACAAUAACUAUGGUCAACGAUGAUGGUCUGACAGUUUUAACGUAAGUGAAUUUUUAUUCAUAUUUUAGCAGUUUAUCGUUAGCCGUGCCAAAUCUACAAGUAACUUAAAUCUAUAAGUAAAUUUUAAUAUUUUCAAAAUUGUUCACUUACAUAAAGCUUUUUUUUUUAACUUGAGCUUAAACUUCUUCAUAGCGCAGAGACGAUGAAUGCCAAAGUAGCUAUAACGGAAGUUUCUUUUUAAAAGCUAACUGCUAUACUUAUUUAAGAGAGGCAGCGGGACUACGCGGCCCUAGUUGUGACGAUCGAGACCUAGUUAGGGAAGUCAGCAAUAAAUUUUAUACUUCGACUGUGCCUUUCCUAUUUCUAACGUAUUAGCUUGUGGAGUUGAUUGUGGGUAGACUCUUAAAUGUAUACUGUAGGAGUUGAAGGGUAGAUACAUGAUAUAAAUCUUGUUGAGACUUUAUUAAGUUUUCGUUGUAAGUCAUGUGAAAAAUUUGUAACGUAAGGUAGACUCCGAAGGCAGAUUGAAUUUAUGUAUUAGCAUUCCGAAUGCGCAAACUAUUCAACUUAAUAUUCAAUGAACAGGAUAAAGUUGGAGCUUUAAUCUUUGCUUUUGUUACUACAAUUUAUUCUAAUUGCAUUUGGAAAGAUUUCUGAUAAUAUAAGUUUGUCUUGUUUAACUUAGCCUUCCAUUUAGUACUAUCUCUUAAUUAUACGAUGUCUUCCACCCUAAUCUACUUUUACGGAUAUUUAACAUGCUUUCAUGUUCAAAUUUAAAUAGCAACAAUAAAGUGUGUUGUAUUACGUAAUAUUUAGUCAGAAAUAACCGUGAAUACAUAUAAUUUUAUUUCAUUAACACUUAAAAGAAUUGAUUAAAGGGAAUUUAGUAAAUAAUAAGAAUAGCAUUUUCGUGAUAAAAGUAAAUCUCGUGAUAAUGAUGAGUAAUUGUUUUUUCGGUACUGACUGUAUGAUAAUUUUAAGAAGUAUGAACAAUGUUCAUUAGAUGAGUACACCUGUUAAACUUAGCUGGUGAUCUGUCAAGUUACGAAAGUUACGACAAUGUUAGGUUGAAAAAAUAAAUCUAAAUUCUA